GCAACUCCAGCUCCUCCAGCAACUCCAGCUCCUCCAGCUCCUCCAGCUCCUCCAGCUCCUCCAGCUCCUCCAGCUCCUCCAGCUCCUCCAGCUCCUCCAGCUCGCCAUGGAUCCCAACUGCUCUUGCGCCACCGGCGAAUCCUGCACCUGCGCCGGCUCCUGCAAAUGCAAAGAGUGCAAAUGCACCUCCUGCAAGAAGAGCUGCUGCUCCUGCUGCCCCGCGGGCUGCGCCAAGUGCGCCCAGGGCUGCGUCUGCAAAGGGGCAUCGAACAAGUGCAGCUGCUGCGCCUGAUGCCAGGGGAUCCCAGCUUCCAGAUGUAAAUAGAGCCACCUGUACAAACCUGGAUUUUUUUUUUCCAUAUUGCCUUGACCUGUUUGCUACAUUCCUUUUUCUAUGAAACAUGUGAAUGACAAUAAAACACUUUCGACUUGAUUC